AUCGAAUGUUAAUAUAGAGGUUAAAAUACGUUAAGUAAACAAAAUAAACGUAAAAAAUAUAUAAAAGAUAUAUCCUUAAAAGAUAUAUAAUAAAAGAAUGUUACUUAUAUUAACAAAAUGACAGACGAAAAAACACAAACACAAGAAUUUAAAUUAGAUCCAGAUUGUGAAUUGCGAUUUGAAGUUGAAACGAAAAAUGAAAAAGUUACAUUAGAGUUAAAAAAUGGAUUAGCAGAAGUUUUUGGUACAGAAUUAGUAAAAGGAAAAAAAUAUGAAUUUACAGCUGGUGCAAAAGUAGCUGCAUUUACUUGGCAAGGCUGCACAGUAGAAUUAGUUGGGAAAACUGAUGUUAGCUAUGUUGCAAGAACACCAAUGGGUCUUUAUUUAAAUUGUCAUGCUGCAAUGGAAAGGCUUAGAGAAGCUGCAGAAAAAGAAGACACUAGAGGUCCAAUAACAAUGAUUGUUGGCCCUUGUGAUGUAGGAAAAUCAACUCUUUGUAGACUUUUAUUAAAUUAUGCAGUUAGAAUGGGUCGUAGACCAAUUUUUGUAGACUUAGAUGUUGGUCAAGGUCAUAUAGCAAUACCGGGUACUGUUGGAGCAUUACUAGUUGAACGUCCAUCUAAUGUAGUUGAUGGUUUUAGCCAACAAGCACCUUUAGUCUUUCACUUUGGACAUAAAUCUCCACAAGCCAAUGUUGCUCUUUAUAAUCUUCUCGUAACACGAUUAGCAGAAGUCUGUUCUGAUAGAUCAGGCAAUAAAAAAGCCAGAGUUUCAGGAAUUGUAAUAAACACUUGUGGUUGGGUAAAAGGAGCUGGAUAUAAAUUAUUGACACAUGCUGCUCAAGCUUUUGAAGUUGAUGCAAUUCUAGUACUUGAUCAAGAAAGACUCUAUAAUGAACUUGUUAGAGAUAUGCCAGACUUUGUUAAAGUGGUAUUUUUGCCAAAAAGUGGUGGAGUUGUAGAAAGAAGUCAAACUCAGAGAACAGAAGCCAGAGAUCAAAGUGUUAGAGAAUAUUUUUAUGGAUCUAGAAUGCCACUUUAUCCACAUAGCUUUGAAGUGAAGUGGAAUGAGGCUAGAUUAUAUAAAAUUGGAGCUCCAGUACUUCCUGCAUCUUGUAUGCCACUUGGAAUGAAAGCAGAAGAUAAUUUAACAAAAUUAGUAGCUGUUACACCUGGACCAAAUCUUCUUCAUCACUUAUUAUCUGUUUCAUUUGCUGAUUCACCAGAAGAUGAUGUAGUACAAACUAAUGUUGCUGGAUUUGUUUGUGUGACUAAUGUUGAUGUUGAUAGACAAACAUUUACAGUUUUAAGUCCACAACCAAGACCUUUACCAAAUACAGUUUUAUUACUUUCAGAUAUUCAAUUCAUGGAUAGUCAUUAACUUUUUAAUAAUUUAUAAAUUUAAUAAAAUAAUUUUUUAUUAAUAUA